AUGGGAGGCGCAAUACUGCCCUCUUGCUGGGGUCUUACAGAAAUGAAAAUCUGUCACUUACUAGAAUGUACUAGUAGUUGGCAUAUAACAAUUUAUGACUUGGAAAAUUAUGAUCUUGCUUUAUUAUACGAUGAUGACGAUUACAGAAAAUUAUCUCUCAAAGAUCUUCGUAAAUUAUUAAAAAUACCCUAUAAUAGGGAGCGGAGUGAAAAUGCCAGUAGGAAAAUGUUAGAAGAUGUACAGGCUUUUUUGAAGCGACAGCAAGAUACUAAAGAUUAUACUUUGGAUGCGAAAUGA